UUAAAAUUGUAAAAAACAAGUUUAAUUUUUUGUUAUAUUAUAGGCACGUGUGUUGUGAUGUGCCCACACCCGCACAUCUUAUCAUCUUCCCUUCCUCUGUUCUAUACUGCUCCCUUCAUCAUUUACAUCUUCACCACCAUCCAAUUCUAUCUAUUCUUUACCCUCCUUUGAUUUCUCUCUGAUUCUUAAUCAGACGCAAGGCCCCGCCAAACGAAUUGGAUGACCUAAUCAUCAAUCCCCUCCAAUUUCACGGCCAGCUUAUCCCCAAUUUUGUUGAUAUAUUCCGUUCAAAAUCUCCGCCAACUUGUACGGCCCUUCGAACUUCAUCCGCCGCCAUGGUUAUCUGUUGAUCGAACCUCGACGAGGACCUCGCCAAAAACAAAGAAGCAAAUUCACCUGUUCAAGAUCCCUACUCCUGCCGGGGGACAGUUCGAAAAGCAAAAGGAAGAAGCAAUAUGCUGAGAGGAGCCUGCAAAAGUUAUAGCCACGAUUCCCGUAUUCCAAAGUAUCCGAUAUCACUUGAUCUCCCUCCCUUUCUCUAGUAGUUGCCAUCUAACAAUUGGCCGUUCUGAUUUCUUGUUUCGCAUACCAGAAAAAUCGCGCUCCAAAAAUAUAAAAACAGUGCUCUGAAAAGAAUUGUGUACCCUAAUGCAAAACCAGAACCCUUCUUAUAGCUAACCGAACCGUCCCCUGUUUCUUAGAGAUCUGCGCCGGCAUUGUCCUGCCGUUGGUGUAGCUCCGCCACCGCUUGCUCGGAGCCGAACGGACCGACUUCACACUGAUGCUGAGGUUGUACCAAGGGUCAAUCGUUGUUCCAAAUGUCGAAUUCCACCGCCACCAUGGAGGGUCUGGUUCGCGACGAGCCCGUUCCCCAGGCGCUGUAACUAGAAGAAGCGAUGUAAAACGCCAGGCCGUCGCAUGCUUCGGUACCGCUGUAGUUGUCGAUGGCGAAGGUGAAAGCGGUGGUGAAGUUGGCGACGGCGCCGGUCGAGGGUUCCCACAGCCGCAGAGGUUUCGAGUACCUAGCUUGCCCUUGGGCGAAGUAACUCAACCCGGUCCGCUGAACCCCAACCGAAGACGAGGGAGGCGUUUUCGUAAAGCUCCAUCGCGCCGUCGCUGCAAAACCAGAACCCUACCAGGCCGAUUAGCAAUUAGAAGGAGCUAAGUAGAAGGGUUUUGGUUUUGGUUAGCAACCACUGCCGUUUGUGGCGAAGAAUACGGCGGCGGAGAACAAGAGAGAUCCUCGCCGUUCGUUCUUAAUAUUAAUAAUUAAUAUUUUUAUUUUAAUUAUUUUUAAUAGUUAGAAAUGAGGUGGAAAUUUUAAAAAAUUAAAUUUUAUUUAUUUAAUUAUUUUUUAAUUUCCACGUCACACAUAAGCAAAAGUUAACAGAGUUGGACGGAGAGUGACUAAACGUGAACAGUUUUA